AAAACCCGUCGGGCUCUACACUACACUCCGGCCGGGGCCGGCAGUCGUAGUGCAUCACUCGAGGUGGAAGAAUACCCAGCUCUGAGGACGAAGCCUUUCCUGUUUGUCAGAGCCACCCAGCCAGACCCAGCCACUUAAGCCCAUGGAUCCGCUGCCGGACGACGUGCUGGUCAUGGCCAUGUCGCUCCUGGACGUGGCGGACCUCUUGGCGUGCCGCCUCGUGUGCAAGCGGCUGGCGGGCCUGGCCCAGCACCCCGACGUGUGGCGGCAUCGAUGUAUCGAUGUGGGCCGUCUCUACGACACCACGUCGUGCCAGAGGCUGCGCCUGGCGCCGUGCGCGCUAGAGAUCUCAACCUCUGUCCCUAUGGAGCCCGCGGCGUGUCGCCACGGCGACCUGCGGACGACGUCUUGCGCAUCCAGAGGCCUGGCGAUCAUCGUGCGGGAUUGCGGGCCCGAGCACGUCGCGACAGCAGUCCAGAUCGUCAAACAGCAGGUGGCGCUCGGGCGGCUGCGGGGCCUGAGUCUAGUCCUGGCGGACCGUAACGUUUUGACGUAUGGGCAUAGCGUGGAGCCCUCCUUCGUUCUGCCUGAAGACGCCGCGGACUUGCUGUUUGGGACGCUGGCCUCGACCCCCGGCCUGGAGCUGGUCAGUCUCGGCGGGAACCUGGGCCCCAGUGCACGGAUCCCGCCCAGGACCAGUCAUCUCGGCACCAUCACGCCGUCCUUGAAGACUUUCCGCUGCGACCUGGUCCCCCGGCCAGAGCCCUUCUGCGACUACAUGCUGGCCGGGCACGCCGCGACUUUGGAGGUGGUUCACAUCGGCUACCGCCACGUGGCCUUGUCCUCCGAGCCCCUCGCCUCCACCUCGACGGCGCGACUGCUGGCCGGCAUGCCCAACCUCCACAAGCUGAGCUGCCCCCUGAUGCCGGGGCUGGAGGCGCUGGCAGCGUCCGCGUCGCUCAUGGAGCUGGAGUUCACCGUGCGGCGGGUCACCGAGGCCAACGGCCACGGCGCCUUGGAGCUCCUGCGCCGCGCGCUCCAGAUUCGCUCCCUCCACCUCUACUUCCCUCGACCUCGUCGAAUAACUGACGACGAUGAAGUUGACGACAGUGAAUUCGGCGUGGAGCUGAUUGGUGAACUCGCGUCGUCCGGACGCUCCCAAGUGGAGACGCUGUCCAUUUACGUCGACGACUCGUACUCCCAGACCCUUCUAGUGCCUCAGCUGGCGGCCCGGCUGCCCUCGCUGCCCGCCCUGCGACGCCUCGUGCUCAGACUAGAGGACCCAGAGCCGCUGGUGGACGCCAUCAGCCCCCUCACCGCACCGUCCCUGCGGCGCAUCGAUAUCCUUGAUGAUGUAUCUCCAAGUAGCAUGUGCUCUCACGAUUUUUUACACAGUAGUGAACUCGGUGCGCUUCUGUCGAGGAACCCCUUGCUUCACGUUGUGCUUGAGUACACCACCGAGGGCUGCUCCAUAUUCCAAGACGACGAGGAUGAGGAGUACCUGAUCGAGGAGAAGUGCGACGCUUGUCUACUGAACUGCCACAAAGAUCUUGAGGUGCCUGAUGGUAUGGAUGGCUUAUUCGUUGGCGUUUUUGCGCACCCUUCAGGCAAAUGUCCCUCCCCAGAAGAUCACGAUUCUGAUUGGAUUUGGAUUGACAUCAACGAUGUUCAACCUGUGUAUUGAUUUAUCAUUUUUGUAUCAUGAAACAUUCAGUGCAAAUUUGACAUUAUUAAUUAUGUUCAGCGUUUCAUCCAAUGAAUAAAUGAAUAUUAAAUUGCUGUGUA